AUGCCCAAAAAAUCAAGAGAGUAUGUUUCAAGUGACGAAAGUGAAUCUGGAAGUCAUUCCGAGGAAGAGAAACCAAAAAAGAAGCCAAAGCGCGAAGAAAAGAAGUCCAAAAAGGAAGAGAAAGAGGACAAGCCUGCUAAAAAAGCAUCUUCGAGCAAGGCCGACGACGAGGAGCCAACCUGGAGCAUUGGUAACAAGAGACAGGUCACUGUACGUACAUUCAAGGGUAAAUUGUACAUUGACAUUCGUGAGAUGUAUUUAGAUGCCAACAGCGGUGAUCUUAAGCCUGGUCGCAAAGGAAUUUCUUUGACUCCUGAGAACUACAACAAGCUGAAAGAUAUAUUAGAAGAGGUUGAUGAAGCAGUUGCUCGCAAAGCAUAA